AUGGGCUGCUGCACCGGGCGCUGCUCGCUCAUCUGCCUCUGCGCACUGCAGCUGCUCUCAGCCUUGGAGAGGCAGAUCUUCGACUUUCUUGGCUUCCAGUGGGCACCCAUUCUUGGAAAUUUCCUGCAUAUAAUAGUUGUCAUAUUGGGUUUGUUUGGAACCAUUCAGUAUAGACCUCGUUACAUCAUGGUGUAUACAGUGUGGACUGCCCUCUGGGUCACGUGGAAUGUGUUCAUUAUCUGCUUUUAUUUGGAAGUAGGUGGCCUCUCUAAGGAUACGGAUCUGAUGACAUUCAACAUCUCUGUACAUCGGUCAUGGUGGAGAGAACAUGGGCCUGGCUGUGUCCGGAGAGUGCUGCCCCCAUCAGCCCAUGGCAUGGUGGAUGAUUACACAUAUGUCUCGGUCACAGGCUGUGUUGUCGACUUCCAAUACCUAGAGGUCAUUCACAGUGCUGUCCAAAUACUGCUUUCUCUGGUUGGUUUUGUGUAUGCCUGUUAUGUGAUCAGUAUUUCCAUGGAAGAAGAAGACACCUUUGAUUUCAUAGGUGGACUAGACGUGCACUCCCACUACCAGGAUCAUGUUGAGAUAAAGCCUGUUAAACCUGUCGAAAUAAGUAAUGGCAUUGACUCUGAAAUGCGGAUCCUGGACUUGACUUAGGGAACAAAGCAACACCAGCCUCCGGCACUCGGGAUCCGACGCAUCAACCUUUCUCCAGACAGUGGACUGUGCCCCUUGCCGGCCAGUGAACACGGAUCUACUCCGUCUUUGGU